GAUCCACCUCGAACGUCUCUCCACUCUCCCACUACAAUCCAAUCACUGAUCUCUCUCUCUCUUUCUCUCUCUCUUUCUCUCUCUCUCUCUCUCUCUCUCAACAACAACACCACCACUAUCCACCUUGUUGUCUCCCAAGUCCCAUCCCCAACUCUCUCUCUCUCUCUCUCUAAUCCCUCAAUCAAAUUCUAGAGAGAGAUUCUCUCCCUUCACAAACAAUCAAAAUCAAAAUCAAAUCCUCAUCACAACCAUUAAUCAUCCAAACAAAAACAAAAUUCCACAUAUCUUCAAUUCAACACCCACCUCCAAUAACCCCAAAAAUUGACACCCCAAUAACAAUGAGAGAAGAAGAAUCAAAUCGGUUUUCAAGAUGGGAAGAACAACUCCCUCCACCAGAAGAACUCCCUCUACCGGAAGAACUCAUGCCUUUAUCACAAACCCUAAUCACCCCUGAUCUUGCCAUAGCUUUCGAUAUCAGAAACCCACACACCACAAUCAACAACAAUAACCCACACCAUCAUCAUCAACAACAUCACCAACAACCUCCUCCACCUUCUUCACUUCCUUCUUCAACCGAUUUCGCCGAUUCCGGUGAACUCGGUUCCGGCACUGCCGGAGAAGAACCAGCUAGAACACUCAAAAGACCAAGACUCGUCUGGACCCCACAACUCCACAAACGCUUCGUCGACGCCGUCGCACACCUCGGUAUCAAAAACGCCGUUCCCAAGACCAUAAUGCAGCUCAUGAGUGUCGACGGUUUAACAAGAGAAAACGUCGCUAGUCACUUGCAAAAAUAUCGACUUUAUCUUAAACGCAUGCAGGGAAUUCCCUCCGCCGGUGGCGGUGGUUCCGGUGGUGGCUCCGCCUCCGUUAACGACCCUGCGACCGAUCACUUAUUCGCUAGCUCGCCUGUGCCGCCGCACUUUCUUCACCCCGUUGCUCGGCCGAAUUCGGAUCAUUUUAUGCCUUUUGUUCCUGUUCCUGCCAUUCACCAUCAGCAGCAGUUGGCUGCUGCUCAGUAUCAUCGGCCGGUCGGGCAUUUCGGUUCGCCGCCGAAUGGACACUUUGAGAAUCCCUUUUUGUCUAGACAGCAGCAACAUCAACACCAACAUCAGCAGCAGCAGCAGCUUCAUAGGAUUGGGGCACAAGUGCAUAACCCUAUUGGUGGUUAUGUGGAGGAUAUGGAAUCAGCUAAUGCUUCAGGAGGGAGAAAGGUUCUUACUUUGUUUCCAACCGGAGAUGAUUGAAUUUCGGUUAUUAUAUAUAUACAAAAUACAAUAUAGUGAUUUGGUCUCUUUCCUUAGUUGCAUUGCACCUUCAAUUGUCUUAGUUUUAAUGUUGGGUCAUUGGUGGUGUAUUUGAUGUUUGGUCAGCUUCUUAGUUGUUAAUUUGUUUUAGAGGUAAUUGGUUGAUUAUCUUGGUGUUGGUGUUGAUGUUACUAAUUGGUAAAGGAGUCUAUGUUAAAGUUGAAGUAUGCAGAUCCAAAAGCUCCAGCAGUCUUUUAUGUUCUGUAAAUUACCGUGUUUGUUCGCGGUGGCCUAUAUAUAUAUACUUCCCGGCUUCACAUUCAUCAUGAUUUCACUUUUGCGAGGGAUUAUCCUUGUGUUUGAAUCAGUAGUUGUUUGGUAUGACUAUGUUGCCAAACAACUAUGUUGAUUUAUCCCAUGGAUGUUUGAGAUUUCGGCUGCGGUUCAAUGUAAUUCAGAGUGUUACGGUUUGGGAAGUUUUGAAUUGGCAUUCAUGGCAGGUGGUAAAAACUGCAAAUUUGGUGCUUAUCUCUGCAAAUGGCAAUAAAAUACACAUUACCGUGGGUAGAAAACUGAUGGAAGUAUAUCUGAUUGGCACAUAUGAUUGUGAAUUCUUGUACUAAAUUUGAGAGCCUCUAUUGUGAAAGACUCAUAUCCUCUGUGUCGCACCGUGUCCUAUAGAGGUGAGUUGUACAUUGUUUGAUUCUAUAGAAGACUCAAAAGCUGGAUGUAAGGAAGUUGUUUAAAAUUCUAAUCUUACUCCAAUGUGGGGUUAAUUUUCUCUAUGCUAAAUAAACUAGUUUCCAUAAUUUCCGUGUAAACCCCGCUUAAAAGAACACAAUAAGCUCAUGUUUACUUAGUUGUGUAUUUCUUCUUAUUCAACUAGAAUUCCUGAUUCACUCAAGUACUAAUUAAUGAGGCUCCUAGUGAGUUUUAUUAUUUGAUUAUCAAUUUGCUCAUAACCAGUAUCUUAGCAUACUAUGUUUUUUUAGUUACAAUAAAAGGGAUAAUGUUCCAA